GUCCAGCAUUGCGCAGGAAAAGAAGUGAGAGGAACCCCAAGGCAGCCGAGACAGGCGCCCACCUCAAACAUGAUGGCGGCCUUCAGAAUUGAUGAGGUGCCUCUGAUAAAAACAUUGGUUGGAACGAACAAAGUACAUACCUGACUGCCCGGUUUUCCGCCUCGGCGUCAUUUGUGUUCUUGGCCCAUUCUUGACCCACUCCUCCCAACCGCAUUCAAGUUGCCUCCACUACCCUGAUGCACCUCUUGCGGAUAACCUGACGUGCCUGAGCAAUAGCCCCACGCAUUUUCGUGCUACCAAGAUCUCGAUUCUCCGCUGGAAUCGCCCCCCCGGCGCCGAGCUUUAUAUAUCGACCUGCGGAACUCGGUUUCCACGCGUCGCGGCAGGAUGUACUGACGGGGACCGAACCCAAAUCACACUCCAACGAAUUGAAGAUCCUUUUCGGCUCCAGCUCGCGUGUCCCGGCCGUCGCUUACGGCUAUGAUGACAAUGAAAACGAAUUCGAUACUGCCCGCGCGCAGGAUACCAACUCAACCCAAUGGCUUUUCCGCCGUGCGAUCUGCGGCCGUUGGGCUUGCCCGCGUGCUCUCAAUGACCCUAUCGACCGCCUACGCCGCGCCACUCGGCACACAGGGCCACGGUGGAGACGGGGACGAGCCCGAGGCCGAGGGUGCUAGCCUCUGGGUUCUUUACGUGGCCUCUCUGGUCCUCGUGCUAUCAGGUGGCGCUUUCGCGGGGCUGACAAUCGCGCUGAUGGGACAGGAUGGAAUCUACCUCCAGGUUAUGGCCGGAGACCCGAGCGAGCCGCAACAGAAGAACGCGAGACGCGUUUAUGAUCUACUCAAGAAGGGGAAGCAUUGGGUUUUAGUUACCCUGCUCCUGGCCAAUGUCAUCGUGAACGAAACGCUCCCCGUUGUUCUCGACCGUUGUCUGGGCGGAGGUGUUGCUGCCGUGGUCGGGGCUACCUUUCUGAUCGUCAUCUUCGGCGAAGUCCUUCCCCAGUCCGUCUGUGUUCGAUACGGCCUCCAAAUAGGUGGCUACAUGUCCAAACCGGUCCUCGCCAUGAUGUACUUGAUGGCGCCCCUCGCGUGGCCGACAGCAAAGCUCCUCGACUGGCUGCUGGGAGAAGAUCACGGAACGGUUUACAAGAAGAGCGGGUUAAAAACCCUCGUGACACUCCACAAGAACCUUGGUGAAGUCUCCCAGCGCUUGAACCAAGAUGAAGUCACCAUCAUCAGCGCGGUCCUGGACUUGAAGGAAAAGCCGGUUGCGAAUGUGAUGACGCCGAUGAGUGACGUUUUCGUUAUGGCGGAGGAUACUGUGCUUGAUGAACCGACAAUGGACAUGAUCCUGUCCGCCGGGUACUCCCGCAUUCCCAUCCACGAAACCGGCAACCCCACGAACUUUGUUGGCAUGCUGCUAGUCAAGAUUCUCAUCACAUACGAUCCCGAGGACGGCAAAUUCGUUCGCGACUUUCCGUUGGCCACCCUCCCAGAGACGCGUCCGGAAACGAGUUGCUUGGAUAUCGUCAAUUUCUUCCAGGAAGGCAAAUCCCACAUGGUGCUUGUUUCCACGUAUCCGGGGGAAGACCACGGCGCUCUUGGUGUCGUGACGUUAGAGGAUGUGAUUGAAGAAUUAAUCGGGGAGGAAAUUAUCGACGAGUCGGAUGUCUACAUCGAUGUGCACAAGGCCAUCCGCCGCCUUACCCCAGCACCGAAAGCGAGAGUCCAGCGGCGGCUAUCGGAAGAUCCAAGCGGGAAAUACACUGACGUCGCCCACAUAAAAUGCGAUAGCGACAGUGCGAUCCUCGACAGCAACAAAACAAGCCAAACGCCCGGCGCAACGAGUCACGAUUCACCUUUGCUGUCCACCAGCCCGAAGACAGCAACACUGAUAAUGCGGAGGAGUUCUGCUGGAUUGGACGGCCAGUUUGUCAAGACUACCGUCCCCGUGCGGGCAAAUUUCCAGGAUAUCAAGCAACAUCUCAAGCAUCUCGGUCCCUCUAACCCGGCGACGAACCCCAACAAGACACGGUCAACCACUGUGAAGAUCAAGCCGGGCAGCGGUAUCCCGUCGGCUCAGCCACGGUCAGCCUCAGUGGCCGAACCGGCAAGUGAUGAGACCCCAGUGGAGGAAGGUGACGAGACAACGAGUCUUCUCAAACCCCAAAUAUCUGUCAAGGACGGUGUCCAGGCGCUGCGGCAAACGUACGGCUCCGUUAGCCCUGCGAUCACAGUGCAACUUGCACCACAAUCAAAUGGCAUACCCGAGUUGAGACUAGACGAGGAGGAACAAGCCGACAAGUCAACGCAAACUCCCGCCCCUCCCAACCUCAUAGACCUGGAGCCAGAAGAAGUCACACACCCCGUGCAAUCACAAGAACAACAACAGCAGCAGGAGCAGCAGCAGCAGCAGCGGGAAUCAUCCCCGUCGCAGCCCAAGCGGCAACUGCGUGCUAGCUCAAGCGGCGAGAGCACCAACAGCGCCAGCGACAAGAAGGCGGACCCCAACACGCUUGGCUUGCAGCGGCCGUACGUCCGCAGCGGUAGUAUCACAGAGAACGUCAUCGAGUCCCGCGGCGUGCGCAAGGUGGUGCUAGAGACCACCAGCUCGAACGACGACGAGGAAUCCGCCGUCGGGGUUUCCUCGUCGCCCGACCACCCGAGACUUCUGGGCCGUUCUACGUUCGGCCUCUUCGGGCGCGAUCGGGAGAACAGCAAGGAUAGGGAGAGCGAGAUUGGCAAGGACGAUGGGAAGAGCCAGCCGAGCCCGGUUGUCGAGGAGGAGGAUGAAGAGGACGAGAACCUACUCUCGCCUGGCCCGGAAGAUGAGGACGGACCCGAGUCGUAUGCUGAGGCUGCUGCUAAGGGGACUUCUUCUCAGGAGGGUCAAGCGGGACCCUCGAGUGGGGCGGGGAAGAAGAAGAACAGGAGGAAAAAGCGGAAGGGUGGCAAAUCAUAGGCGGAAGGGCUGCUUGACUUGCUCAUGGCGGUGUUGGUUUAAUUUAAGAUGGGGGGGAGGGAGGCAUACAGUGUACAUGUAUCAUUCAGUGUAUUAGUGAAAAGGGGUCUCAAAGACUGGGAUGGAAGAAGGGUUUGGAGGCAGAGGGUCUGGAAGCGCCAGCGGAUGGUUGUUACUGUCUUGUUUUCCUUUCUUUUCUUAUAGGGUAUUAUGUAUAGAAUGCUAGGGUAUCACUGGUUAUAUCGUACUUUUUCUGGCCUUACCAUAUUGGAGACUCCAACCGUCUUCC